ACAAUGGUGUGCUCUUGAUAAGCCCGGACGUCUCUGAAUACUCCAGUUCAUUAUUGAAUACUGUUUAGGGUCCACUUGUCCAGUAACAAAAUUGUAAUAAAAUCGGAUGCUCUCGGAGGUACCUCAAUCCAUUCCCAUUCCUUUCCAGGAAACCAUACAGACAAAUCCUCUGAAAACUUGCGGUCGCGUUAGGCUACCUGUUGAGGAGUAUUUCCGACUGCGUCACCUAACACUAACUUCGCAUUUCGCCAGUACAGUACUUCAAUGUUCAAUUUACCUACUCGUAUCUGAAAGCUGGAGUCCUGACACAAUUGGUGAUGUGCAAAGAAUUCUGGGAUAGGCUAUGAGGAUGUUUCAGAGGGUUCUUGUGUGUCUGGAUUCAUCGUAGUUGUGGAUAUGGCGGGAUGAUGACGGAACCUCCUGGAAUGGAGGUGAAGGCUGGUAUCUGUUUUGGAGGGAAGUUGCGUCUCUGAGGUUUGAAGAUUGGGGGUUGAAGAUUUGGGUUUUAGUGAUAAGCAGACUGGGCUUAGCGAUGGUGGCGGAUGGAUCCGGCAAGCAGCGGGCGCGCCCGGAGUGGUUGCAGCAGUAUGAUUUAGUUGGGAAGAUUGGAGAAGGAACGUACGGGCUGGUGUAUCUUGCGAAGAGCAAAGAGCCUGCGCACAGCAGGGGCACUAAAAUUGCGAUCAAGAAGUUCAAGCAGUCAAAGGAGGGCGAUGGCGUUUCCCCGACAGCAAUCCGGGAGAUUAUGUUGCUGCGAGAGUGUAUACAUGAAAACAUUGUGAAGCUCGUGAAUGUUCACAUCAACCAUGGUGACAUGUCGUUGUACCUUGCGUUCGAUUACGCUGAGCACGAUCUCUACGAGAUUAUUCGACAUCAUCGGGAGAAGAUAAACUGCAGUAUCAACGCGUACACGGUGAAGUCUUUGCUUUGGCAGAUUCUCAAUGGCUUGAACUACCUUCAUAGCAAUUGGAUUAUUCACCGUGAUUUGAAACCCUCCAACAUCCUGGUGAUGGGAGAAGGCGAUGAGCAAGGAUUAGUAAAAAUCGGGGACUUUGGCUUGGCUCGAAUCUUUCAGGCGCCUUUGCGGUCCUUGAGUGAAAAUGGUGUGGUGGUUACCAUUUGGUACAGGGCUCCAGAGCUUCUACUUGGAAGUAGGCAUUAUACAAGCGCUGUCGAUAUGUGGGCAGUUGGGUGUAUCUUUGCGGAGCUUCUUACUCUUAAACCCCUUUUUCAGGGAAUAGAGGACAAAAGCAGUCCCAAUCCGUUCCAGUUGGAUCAGUUGGACAAAAUCUUUAAAGUCCUUGGCAACCCUACUGCGGAUAAGUGGCCGACACUUCUCACUCUACCACAUUGGGCGAGUAACCGUCAAAAUAUCCAGACUCGAAAGUAUGAUAACCCAGGCCUCUACAGUAUUGUACAGUUGCCACCGAAGAGUCCAGGGUUUGAUUUGUUGUCGAAGAUGCUGGAGUACGAUCCCAUCAAACGGAUCACGGCAUCGCAAGCCUUAGAGCACGAUUAUUUUCGAAAUGAUCCUAUUCCAGGCCGUAAUUCUCUUGUUCCACCCAAUGCGGCGGACAAGGUAGUGCCGUAUCCUCAACGCCCCGUGGAUUACUCAACAGACUUCGAUGGAACAACUGCCCCACCUCCUCCACAGAUGCCUAACCCCUCAAGUAUGUCGGGGGGCUCGAACCAACUGCACCAGUCUAUGAAUGUUAACAUGCAGCAGCAACAACACAAAGUUCAAAACUCAAACAACAUGGUUGUUAAUCCACCAGUGGGAAUGCACGGACUGAACUCUAGCGCAGGUAUUUAUACGCAGAGAGGUAAUCCAGCUGUGCUGCUGCAGCAGCAACAGCAACAAGGUCUCAGAAGGAAAGAGCAGUCAAACGUUAGUUACCCUGGCCAUUACCAGCCUCCAAAUAAGUCUAGGCGAAUUUGAAGCAAGUGCAAACUUUGUUACCUUCGCUUUAAUCACAGGUGAAAAUCAUUUAUCUCUUGAUUAGCAGUUUCUGUCUCAAGUCUAAUGAGGUUCUGUGCAUACACGCACUUACAAGAGAUGCCCAAGGUUGUGAUCAGCUGCUGCCAUACAAAUUGAUUGAAGAAUUAUGAUAUCCUUGUCACUCUAGUGACAGAUCUA